AUGCGGGACCGGGACCGGCCCCGGCACCGGGACAGCGCCGGGCGGAGCGCGGGGCCGGGGCCGGGGGGGCUGGCGGGGCUCAGCCGCUCCCAGCGCAGCCCCGGAGAGAGGAGCGAGAUGGGUUCCCACCCCCAGGAACCCCUCGGGGGGGAGCGGCCCUUCCCUGCGGGCUGCCCUGCCCCUCGCAGGCACUCCCAGCUGAGCGCCGGGGGUGUUCUGGUGGGGAUGCUGGGCCGGGGAUGCUCGGUCAGGGAUGCUCUGAUGAGGGUGCUCCGUCCUGCUCGGGUGUCCCUUGGGGCUCUCUGCACCGUCUGGAGGCUGCUCCUGCUGCUGGGGGUGGCGGGGCUGCUGGCAGGGACGGCGGCUGGGACGUGGCUGCUCGGUCAGUGCCCCCAGGACAGCCCUGCUGCCGCUCUGAGAGCCAGUUUGGGGCUGUGCAUGACCCUGCACAGCUUGGCUUCAGUGUCUUUCAGGAUCAGCACAGUGAAUUCCUUGCUGGAAGCACGGCUGGAAGCACAUCCUGGCUGGCUCCUGGUGUGCCACGGGCCCUGGGAUCCCUCCCUGGGCACCCGGCUCUGCCGGCAGCUCGGGUACCUCAGCAUGAGCCGGCAGAAGGGGGUGAAGCUGGCCGAUGUCGGGGUGGGUGCUGGGCAGCAGUUCCUGCAGGUGACACCCGGGCAGGAAGGCAGCCUGGAGGACAUGUGGCAGGUCAGGAGCAGCUGCCAGUCCGGUCGAAUUGUGGCUCUGCAGUGCUCAGAGUGUGGGCUGCAGGCGGGGGUCCUGAGGGUGGUGGGGGGCACGGACGUGUCCCCCGGGCGCUGGCCCUGGCAGGUCAGUGUGUGCCAGGGCUCCCAGCACCGCUGUGGGGGCUCCGUGCUGGCCCCCGAGUGGAUCCUCACAGCAGCUCACUGUGUGCACAGGCAGCUCCCAGCCCCAGCCUGGCAGGUUUUUGCGGGCAUUGUCACCCAGGGCUCGCUGAAGCCCGAGGCGGGGGUGCCGGUCCGGGACAUCAUUCCGCACCCGCUCUACAACGAGAGCAGCCUCGACUACGACAUCGCCCUGAUGAGGCUCCAAGUGCCCCUCAAUUUCUCAGGUGCCAUCCGAGCCGUGUGCCUGCCGCCGUCCCCGCAGGACCUGCUGCAGGGCACGCAGUGCUGGGUGUCGGGCUGGGGCUACACCACCCCUGGCCAAGCACAGGUGGCCGGGACGCUGAAGGAGGCUCUGGUGCCCCUGAUCGGCACCCGGAGGUGCAACAGCUCCUGCGGGUACAGGGGUGAGCUGACGGCCAGGAUGCUCUGUGCAGGACACCUGCAGGGCCGUGUGGACGCCUGCCAGGUAGGGCUGGGAGCAGGGGGGGACACCUGGGGGGGGACAGCGGGGGCCCGCUGGUGUGCUGGGAUGGAGCCAUGUGGCGCCUGGUGGGAAUUGUCAGCUGGGGCCGGGGCUGUGCUGAGCCAAACCACCCCGGGGUCUACACCAACGUGGCUCAGCUGCUGCCCUGGAUCCACCAGGUCACCCAGGUAA